AUGGCAUCGAACUUCAUGCCCCCGUCGGAGCCAGAACCGAUUCCCCUGCCAGACCGGUUCGCCAAGAUCAAGCGCAACCUCAUCGCCUGUAAAGAGAAAGCCGUAGCCGACUCGUUCUACCGUCUCCUGCGCCAGCUGAGAAAGGAGGCCAACCACAUCGCGGCCAGCGGGUCCGACAUAAUACCCACAAUCGACUACUUCGACAUCCACGACGAGAGCAAGGCAGCCCCCUUCAAGAAGGCCCUUCAGAAGCGAGGCGUGGCCGUGGUCCGGCGCGUCAUACCGCCCAACGUCGCCCUGUCAUGGAAAGAGGAGACGCAGGACUACCUCCGCCACAACCCGCACACCAAGGGCUCGCCGGCGCACGAUCCCCAGCUAUACGAGCUGUACUGGAGCCCAGGACAGAUCCGAGCCCGCGCCGACUCCCGGCUACUGGAGGCCCAACGCUUCGCGAUGAGCGCGUGGCACUCAAGCAGCGAAGACGCCCUCAUCAGCAGCGACCACCCAGUCGCCUACGCGGACCGCCUGAUCAUGCGCCACCCGGGCGACAACACGUCCCUCGGCACCACGGGCCCGCCGCACAUCGCCGGCGGCAGCGUCGAGCGCUGGGAGCGCGACGGCUACGGCCGCGCCGGCACCUACAACAAGAUCUUCCAGGGCCGCUGGGAGGAGCACGACCCCUGGGACAGCAGCGCGCGGCUCGGCGCGACGACGGACCUGUACAACGGCGCCGGCUCGUGCAGCAUGUUCCGCAUGUUCCAGGGCUGGCUGUCUCUAUCCACCAUCGCGCCCGGCGGCGGCGGCGGUGGCUCGCUCCUCGCGUGUUGUCCGAUGCUGCAGCUCACGACGGCGUACCUGCUCCUGCGGCCGUUUUUCUCGCCGCGUCGCGGUCCCGACCACUUCAGCACCCCCGAUAACCCUAACCCUAGCCCCUACAACCUCAACAACGACACCAGCAGCAGCAACCCUGCCGCCGCCUUCCUCCACGAGAACAACUGGAACCUCCGCGUCGUCCAGAACAGCGUCCUGCACGGCGCUAUCCCGGGCUACAUUCAAGAACUGACGGCUGCCCUGCACCCGCACCUCCGCCUCCCAACCACCAUGGUGUCCCUCCCCCAUAUCAACCCAGGCGAUUACGUUAUCUGGCACCCCGACCUCGUUACCGCCGCCGACCCCAUCCACCUCGGCCUUUCUCCGGGCCCCCAAACACAGACACAGACACGGACACAACCGCAACCGCACGACGCAAGCGUCCUCCUCUACGUCCCCGCCUGCCCGCUCACAGCAACCAACGCGCUCUACCUAGCGCGCCAGCGCCGGGCCUUCCUGCUCGGCCUGCCGGCGCCGGAUUUCGAAGCGAACAACUCAUCCUAUAUCCGCGGAGGCAGAGGUGGGGGCGGUUUUGCUUCGAAGGGCGAAAAGCACCACGCGGGACGGCCCGGCGUGCAGGAUGUGUGCGACGCGGGCGGGGAGGAGGGACUGCGGAGUAUGGGGCUUUCGCCGUGGGAUGAGGAUGAGCGGGAGCGGGCGGUGAUGGGUGCUGGACGGAGUGGUGGUGCUGAUGGUGAUGGUAAUACUAGAAAUGGCAGUAGAGCGGAAGAAGUCGAGAGGGAGCUGCUGCGGCUCGCGAGUGGGAUUCUCUUCCCGGAUCGGUUCGAUGCUAUGUAUAGGAAGGGUACGAAACGGCCUUGA